AUGAUUUUGACAUUAAAAGAUCAACACGUCUUAAAUAAUUACGAAGAAAAAGACUGCCUAAUAAAUGAAGAAUUAAAAAAAAAAAAUGUGAAAAGUUUACUAGCAAAAAAUGAUGACAGUUUUUGGAAAAAAAAUUAUUAUGACCCCCUCUCGUACUAUGACGAUACGAAUAAGCUGAAUGCAGAAGAUGGCUCACCUGUGCAUAUGCUUUCGAAAUAUGACGAGACGAAGCACUCCUUCGAUGUGACUAUAAAGUAUAAUGAGGAGGGCGGGGGAGGUAAUAAUCACCAUGAUGAUGAUUACACUCCGCGUGCUCCAAGGGAGGGAACGAAGGGGAAGGCGAAGGGAGCAAGGACCGCCAAGAGUAGGAAUAAUCAACUCCAUGGUGAGGAAAAAGGGGAAGGCCAGAUGCAGCACACCCAGAAAACUCUGUCAAUGCGACAAACCACCAGCCCAGAUCGUGGCGCCUUCCAGGUGAAGAAGAGAAAAAUCAAAAAUAUCAACAGGCGGAAGAAGGAGGAGGACGCGUGGGCCUUUCUGUAUGAUGAACCGGAAGGGCAGAAUGAAGAGGAGGCGGCGCAGGAAGGAAGACAAGGAAAGGGGAGCACCACAGAGAGGAAUACAACUGGGAACAAUACAGAUGAGAGAAAAACUCGAGGGAACGAACAGAACAACGAAAACGCGAACGUCAUAGAGGACGUUCUUAAAAAAAUAAGAGACGAACAAAGCAGCAUGGAUUUUAACAGCUACUUCGAUUACGACCUCGGCGAAAAUGAAGAAGACAAGGAGCUAUACGAACUUCUGCAACAGGGCAAUAGCCUGAAAAGGAGAAAAAAGGAAAUGGAUUACCAGAAGGAGCUCUUAAAAUAUAUAGUUAUAAAUGAGGACGUCAAAAGGAACCAAGAGGUCAGCGGCGAUGUUCUUAAGUUGUCUGACGCGUCCGAGUUCUGCAGAAGCAUAACUCUCCCGAUGGAGAUACAGGAAAGUGAGAACAUGGCAAAGCUGCAGAAAGGUGGGGGGGCCCUUCUCGACGCAGAUGGAAGUGCAUCUCUGGGAGAGGAUCGCUUAUCCAAUCCGCUGUCUCCUCUCAGCGUGAAUGUAAGUGACGAGAUGUUAAGAUCAACUGAUGGGCAAAAAGGAAAGGGGUACACCACCAAGGGACGCCAACCAAACGGUGGCGAUAACGAUAAUGGUAACGAUAACGGUGAAGAUGACAACAACAUGAACUUGAGCGAUGACGCAUUCUCCCAAGAUGGUGUGUCCGAAAUUUUUAACGAAAUUAAACUGGAUGAGGGAUUGUACGGAGCGCUGGAGUAUUUAAAAACAAAAGGAGAAUUAAAUAUGGAAGAGAAAAUUUAUCGGAAUCCGGAGAACAGACCGUUGCAUAUGUCCACGUCGAAGCAUGACAUAAAGUUGGACUACAAGAACGACUCAGGCAAAGUGAUGACGCCCAAGGAGACGUUUCGGUACAUUUCCUGGAUUUUUCACGGGAAGAAACAUGGGAAGAAUAAAAUGGAGAAGAAAAUGAGGAGGAUGGAGAUCGAGCGCCGCUUUAAGGAGGACCCAAUGGGUUCCCUUCCCACGCUCAACGUCCUGAAGAAGGUGCAGCAGGUCCACAAGAAGUCGUACUUCACGCUGUCGAGUAAUAACUGA